AUGGAUAAUUUCCCCUACUACCGGCAAAACAGACAGGGCUGGCAAAACUCCAUCAGGCACAACCUCAGUCUGAACAAAUGCUUUGUGAAGGUUCCACGGCACUACGACGACCCAGGCAAAGGAAACUACUGGAUGUUGGAUCCAUGCAGCGAGGACGUGUUCAUUGGAGACCACCAACACAGCCGCUGUGACGUUAGCCGCAGCGGGAUCUUUCUACUGGCCCGUGCCGCCGUUCUUACCACUUCAGUCACCAGCGAUACAAUGAGUCUUUUGACUAAGCCUAAAUCAGAGAUGAGUGCAGAUGAGUUGCAGAAACGGGAGGAAGAGGAGUUCAAUACAGGCCCACUGUCUGUGCUCACGCAGUCUGUCAAAAACAACACUCAGGUCCUGAUCAACUGUCGCAACAACAAAAAGCUUCUGGGACGAGUCAAGGCUUUUGACAGACAUUGCAACAUGGUUUUGGAAAACGUUAAGGAGAUGUGGACUGAAGUUCCAAAAAGUGGAAAGGGAAAGAAGAAGUCGAAGCCUGUGAAUAAGGAUCGUUACAUCUCUAAAAUGUUCCUAAGAGGAGACUCUGUCAUCGUCGUCCUGAGAAAUCCACUCAUUACUGGAAAAUGA